AUUCUACUGAAGUCGUUAAAUGGAAUAUUUGUUCAUACUAGUUUGCUGGCGCCAUAGCUUGGCAUGUCGACUCGGAGGCAGGGGGGAGCAUGCUGAGCACUUCAUUCAGAAUCAAAUUGUGAAGAGUCAAUUCAAACACACGGGAUUGGCUGCAGCACGCUCCUGGAGGUGGGGUACAGAGCUCAAGUGUCUACAGCAGGCGGUGCCAUAUUCCCCCAAGAGUGGUUUGCUGAUAAGGUUGAAAUACCCAAGGAGGAGCUGCUCUUUUUGAUCUGAUAACCAGCGCAACGAUGCUCAGGCAUUCCGUCCGGUCCUUUGUCAGGGCCGGUCGGUCGCUCAGAUUGCGGUAUGCAGAUGCUGGGGAGGGGGGGGCGCCUGCGCUCGUGAGCAAGGAGGAGUUGAAGAAGGAAUGGAAGAAAGUGGCCCCGAACCUUGAUCUCCCAAAGUUUCCCGGCGAUCUGCUACCCGCCAGACAAGAAGUCCCAAGCUCAAUCCCUGAGAAAGUGACCUUGAACUUCCUUCUCCCUCACGACAGCCUCUUUGAAAAGGAAGAGGUGGACCAAGUCAUCCUCCCCGCCACCACCGGCCAGAUGGGCGUCCUCCCCGGCCACGUCCCCACUGUGGCGCAGCUCCGGCCAGGCCUGCUCGAGAUCUCCAAGGACAGCGAGAUCACCAAGUUCUUUGUUAGCAGCGGCUUCGCCUUCAUCCACGCGAACUCGGUGACCGACGUGAUCGCGGUCGAGGCGGUGCCCCUCGACAGAUUGGACCCUGAGGAAGUGAAGAAGGGCCUCAAUGAGUACGUCGCAAAGCUUGCUGCUGCCGAGUCAGAUGAGGAUAAGGCCGAGGCGCAGAUCGGUCUUGAGGUGCACAGCGCUAUGAGCGGGGCGCUAGGUGUGUAGCUUAGAUUGAUGCUUCUAAGUGCACUAUAUCCGUCAAUCCAUGGACCUAGUUCUGCCAAAAUUUGAAGCGAGAUCGUUCUGCCUACUGCAACGUUCAUUGUUGAUUAUCAAAGUUGGUACAACAGCAAUUGGCAAGCAAUACUUGUCCUCUGCUGUGAACGCCUCAGUGGAGUGUUUGUUGACGCUUAUGCAGUCUCGAGAUGAAACUAGUUUCAGC